ACAUCAUUCACGCAUAUUCAUCCCUCGCUUGGCUUCUCUCUCUGUUCAUCCAUCCCCCUGUCUGUCAGGAAGUUAGAACUUGGGUUCUCUCUCACGCCUCGCUUUGCUUGCCUGGUGCCUCUUUGCUUAUUAGCAAAUCCGUUGAGAAGCAUGGCGAGGAACUGAUCUCUGCUUGCUCUUCUUCGGAUUCUGUUCCUUUUACGAAUUUGUGUGCCAUGUCGUUGGCUAUGGAAGUCACCGCCGUGACCGCAACGGGCAUUGCGCCUGUUCUCUCGGCGAAGUCCUUCCUGCCAGAGCCUGUGGUGGCGGAGCUCGACGAGGAGGAUCUGUACACCAGGCAAAAGCUCUUGCAGCGGCAGCUGGAGUUUGUGGAUAUUCAGGAAGAGUAUAUCAAGGAUGAGCAGAAGAAUUUGAAGCGAGAGUUGCUUAGGGCGCAGGAGGAGGUGAAGCGGAUUCAGUCUGUGCCACUGGUGAUUGGGCAGUUCAAUGAGAUGGUAGACCAGAAUAAUGGGAUUGUCGGGUCGACCACGGGUUCGAACUAUUACGUGCGAAUUCUCAGUACUAUCAAUCGGGAACUGUUGAAACCAUCGUCCUCGGUUGCGCUUCACAGGCACUCGAAUGCCUUAGUUGAUGUGCUGCCACCUGAAGCUGAUUCAAGCAUCUCUUUAAUGACACAAACCGAGAAGCCUGAUGUAGCGUAUACUGAUAUUGGUGGAUGUGAUAUACAAAAACAAGAGAUUAGAGAGGCCGUGGAGCUUCCACUUACACAUCAUGAACUAUACAAGCAGAUUGGCAUCGACCCACCCCGUGGCGUGUUGUUGUAUGGACCCCCUGGGACAGGAAAGACUAUGCUUGCCAAGGCUGUCGCUCAUCAUACUACCGCAGCUUUCAUUCGUGUUGUUGGUUCUGAGUUUGUACAGAAGUAUCUUGGGGAGGGUCCCCGUAUGGUGCGUGAUGUAUUCCGUCUAGCGAAGGAGAAUGCCCCAGCCAUUAUAUUUAUUGAUGAGAUUGAUGCAAUUGCAACAGCUCGUUUUGACGCUCAAACUGGAGCAGAUAGGGAAGUUCAGCGUAUCUUGAUGGAGCUUUUGAAUCAGAUGGAUGGUUUCGACCAAACUGUGAAUGUGAAGGUGAUCAUGGCCACCAAUCGUGCUGAUACUCUUGAUCCAGCGCUGCUACGACCUGGACGUCUUGAUCGUAAAAUUGAAUUCCCAUUGCCUGACAGGAGACAGAAGCGCCUUGUGUUUCAGGUGUGCACAGCAAAGAUGAAUUUAAGUGAAGAAGUUGACCUGGAAGACUACGUCUCUAGACCCGAUAAGAUAAGUGCAGCUGAGAUCUCCGCAAUUUGUCAAGAGGCUGGCAUGCAUGCCGUACGAAAAAAUCGCUAUGUUAUUUUACCGAAGGACUUCGAAAAAGGCUAUAGGUCAAAUGUUAGGAAAUCUGACACGGACUUUGAGUUUUACCGAUAGAUGAACAGUAGCCUCAUUUUCCCUUUUGUCAUUCCAACUGCAUUGCUAAACGCCAAGGUGCAGGAAAUUUCAUAGUUUCUAAAAGCGUUCAUUACAUCUUCAAGAUUAGAAGAAUUCUAUGUUCUGUGUUGUGGAACUUUGUAAAGACCAUCACAUUAUGCAAAUCAUUCCCUUGUUUCAUGAAAUUUCUCAUCUAACACGGAAGGAAAACUUCAACCCUUUUGGAUUU